UAAUUUAUCUGCCUCUCGGUGUUUAGACAGAAGUCAUGUGAGCUUCUGAGCUGCAGGGACAGAGACAGCGGAGAACGUGUGCAUCAGUGCAGAGUGCUGCUGGAGCCCUGGCAGAGGGAGAGGGAGGCAGAGGGAGCCUGAGAGGGAAAAGGCGAAGUGGUGGGAGCUGGAACAGCAGCAGCGGCUGCUACCACGUUGCGGCUCAUGCCCUGGAAUCGGCUCAGCUGCCAGCACACCUCUCCGAAGGCGCAGGUGCCUCAGAUUCAAAAGUCCUAGAAGGUCGGUGGUACUUCCAGGAGCCAAGCGGAGCUGCUUUAUUUUUUUUUUUUCUUUUCCUGGAAGAACAUCUGUUUGACGACUCCGCUCCUUUUCCCGUACUGCAAGAGCAUACUCGCCUCCUGCUGUCUGCACUCUCCUCCCUGUCUCCCUCCUGCCCGUGGGGGCUGCGCCCCUAUGGAUGCCCCCGUACAGAUUUUCCGGGAGAAGCUGGACUCUACCUGCUCCCCGGGGCCCUGCCGUCCCCCCAGCACCAGCAGCAGCUGGCUCCUGGGCUGGGCGGACUACGACGGCAAUGCCACCGGGGCCUUCGGGGACGCCCAGCACAACCACACCAGCAUCUCCCCCGCCAUCCCCAUCAUCAUCACUGCUGUCUACUCGGUGGUCUUCGUUGUCGGCUUGGUGGGAAAUUCUCUGGUCAUGUUUGUCAUCAUAAGGUACACAAAGAUGAAGACAGCAACAAACAUCUACAUUUUCAAUCUGGCUAUGGCAGAUGCGCUAGUUACCACAACCAUGCCUUUCCAAAGCACUGAGUACCUGAUGAACUCUUGGCCCUUUGGUGAUGUCCUGUGUAAAAUAGUUAUUUCCAUUGACUAUUAUAACAUGUUUACCAGCAUAUUCACACUGACCAUGAUGAGCGUUGAUCGAUACAUUGCUGUGUGUCACCCUGUGAAGGCUCUGGACUUCCGUACACCUCUCAAGGCAAAGAUAAUCAACAUCUGUAUCUGGCUACUGUCCUCAUCUGUUGGUAUAUCUGCGAUAGUUCUUGGAGGUACCAAAGUCAGGGAAGAUACUGCUAGCACUGAAUGCUCCUUGCAGUUUCCAGACAGAGACUACGUGUGGUGGGACAUCUUCAUGAAAAUCUGUGUCUUUGUCUUUGCAUUUGUUAUUCCAGUUCUCAUUAUAAUUGUUUGCUAUACUCUGAUGAUCCUGCGCCUUAAAAGCGUACGGCUUCUCUCAGGGUCUCGAGAAAAAGAUCGAAACCUGCGCCGCAUCACCAGGUUGGUUCUUGUGGUUGUGGCAGUUUUUGUUAUCUGUUGGACUCCUAUUCACAUCUUUGUGCUGGUUGAAGCGUUAGGGGAUGUGUCCCACAGUACUGCUGCUAUAUCCAGCUAUUACUUCUGUAUUGCUUUGGGUUACACCAACAGCAGCCUCAAUCCAAUCCUUUAUGCUUUUUUGGAUGAAAACUUCAAGAGAUGUUUCAAGGACUUCUGCUUCCCCUUUAAGAUGAGGAUGGACAGGCAGAGCACCAGCAGAGUCAGAAACACCGUGCAAGACCCGGCUUAUAUUGGGGAAGCAGAUGGGACAAACAAACCUGUAUGACUAGUCGUGGAAAUGUCGUCUUACUGUCCUCAAGGGAGAGAAGAAUCCAACGACCUAGGACUGACGCAGAUUACCACUGCGGUUUGAACUAGACUUACCUACACAGAUGUUUCUGGAAUAUUUCAGAAAUUCUAGUAGUUCGAACUAAAGCAAGUUUAUUAUCAACAAACAAGAACCUCCUAAAAGUAAGCUCAAAUGAAAAGGACCUGGCUGAUGGUCAGGUUUUGGCACCAUGUCUGCUGUACUCCAGCAGCUACUAAUACGCACUUUUGGGGAGCCAGGAGAUAGUGUUGUACCAGCUGAUUCUGGAUAAGGAAAGUUCUGGGUUUUCUCUUUACAAUAUGUAAGGUUAUAUUAAGCAACAUUUGGUAGUAACACCGAGUUAUGCCAGAAACUUCUGCCCCAGCACUGAUUGCUUCUGAAUGAUGUAGUUUGACAACUUGAUUUGUCAUACUUUUACAGUGAAGAAUGUUGUUUAGGUUUCUGCAGAAUAAUGCCAGAGCUAUAAUCAAUAUUGUCCUCAACUAAUAUAUCUGUAACAUUUGUCUGUGCUGUGGAAAACCAAUUUAAGCAUGAUCUGCCUACACACCAAAGUGAUUUUAUGAUGUCUAUGUAUGGUAAAGCAUUUUGGCAUUUAAAAAUAUUGGGAUUUAAGGAGAAUUGUUAGUAUAUUUUUAGCACGUGUUUAAUCACCUAUGUGUAAUGUUUUCUAUGUGUGAUUUUCCGAGAUGAUUGUAUAUUUAUUGAUUGUGAAUAAUGUAAUAUGCAUUUCCAGAGUUGAACAAGUGUUCCAGUGUUUUGAACAAGAGGCUAGAAAACUUCAAAUACUUCACUUGUUAGAAAACUGAUGAAAAACAGUGCCACAUUCAUUACAUGGGGGGAGAUAAUUGCAUUCCAUUUUCAGUGAAGGGGACAAAUGGACAUACUUAAAAAUAGUGCUGUACUUGUUUUCCUGGACAAUUUGUAAGCAGACUAAAAUAAAUAUUUGAUGAAUUAGAAACUAGUGCAUUAGCACAUGGACUAACUGGAUUGAUACAAAGGAAAUUAAGAUUAAAUAUACUGGAUGCUUUAAUGGCA